CUUCCCUACCGUGACGGCGACGGCAAACAGUGUCAUAACAAAAUAGUUUUUCACCCAACAAAAGGCGUUCCACUUCUCAAACGCGUUCUUUAAUUUAGGCUAGAGUGUAGUUUGUGUCUGUGUGUGGGGGGAUUGGGUAGCUUCUUUAUCGGCUGGGCUGGGUAUUUGCGAUGAAACGGUCAGUUGAUUGAGCGAGAACACUCGCGCACGGUUCGGCUAAAGGAGGGGGUACCUCGACGGGGCCCUCGAUCACAUACCAAAGGGCAGCUCUCCUCCCCAGCAGCAGCACCAUAGCCCAGUGUCGGACACGCUCUGAUUGCCAUCUAUAAAAGCGUAAGAGGCUAUUGGCAUCUGGUGAACGCGAGCGCCCAUCGCUCGCGAAACCGCAUCGAAAGGGCCCUCUUUCUUUCGGGCGCUAAUGUAAGGCACAACCCCGCUACACAAUUUCGCCACCGCCCAUUCCGCAGUUAGCCUUGGCGCACGAUGGACUCCACACUGGACCGCACGUACGUGGCGGAUUACUUUGCGAAUCUGAACGAAAUCUCGAAAAAGAUCGCCCUCGACAUCGACGAAAUACGCGGAGCGUACGAGCACAUCUGGGAGGAUCUGAGCCGCGAGGAGCAGAUGGAGAUAGUGAACGAAACCAUCAUCAAGCCGGAGCUGGCACUGAAGUACUUUGACAACUUUUCCACAUCGACCGAUUCGCUGCAGCGAAUCCUGGGCACGGAUGAUGACGAUACCACCACCGGGGGUGGCGGGGAGGAAGACCGCAACGCCAACCGGUACGAUGGCAAGCGGCUGCAAACGUUCCAGUACGUGCGCACCGGCCGCAAGGUGAUCACGGACGACAGUGUGGGCCUGUACCGGGACGAACAUUCGGCCCCGUUCUCGCACAAAACCAAAAGCCAAAUCAAUCUCACCCUCUUCCCACCGGACCGGGCCGAGCCGGACGCGAAGAAACCGCACGACGUCAGCGUGAAGGCGGCGGCCGGGCUGCUGGCCAAGAAGCUGCUGCUCAAAUCACCGAAACCGGACGACGCGAACGGGCCGCUGGCGAAGGGACGCGACGGGGCGGCAGCGACGAAGGCGAAGGAACUGUCGGCGUACGACAGCGAGCAGAACAUCAUCCUGACGGAGGAGGCGUACGGUACCAAGGCAACCGGGGCCGGCUUCCUGAGCAAGUUUAACAAUCUCAUCUUCAACCAGUCGACCGCACUGGAGAUGACGACGGCCGCAUCGGCUGCUUCGAUCAAUGGCAGUGACGAGCUCGAUGGCGGAGCGCUCGAGCAGGACGAGUUCGAUGCGGACAACGACAAGGUGAACCUGUUCACCAAGAGCGCCAAAAACGAGUGCCUUCACCGUGCGCAAUCCUCGUCCGUGGAGGAGGACGACAAGAACUACGACGAGCUGAACAGCCUGCUCGGCAACAGUAAAGGGUUUGAUUUUCUCAACAACUGGUAAAGUAAAGGACAAAACAAAACGAAACAAAAAGAAAGCUUCCCUCUUGCCUUAGCAGUAACGGUAGCACAGGCACAACACACCAAGUCUCAUGACGCAUGAGCCCUCUGCUAGUCGCUUUAGUUUGGUCUGCCGCGCUAAUGCUCCCCCCUCCCUAAAUGGUGAAAGGAUAGGUUUCAGGACAGUGCAGGGCUGUAAAAUAUUCUUAUUCUUUCCCGUGUUUCCUUGCAAAUUGCACCAAAGCACUGGCGAUUAUAAAGCCUUUUUUUAUUCUGCAGUUAGCUAGAGCACUGCUUCUCUGGUUCAGAGGACGCAUUAGCUGUUUGCUCGAUAUUAGGACCUCUCUACUUAGGACUCAACCCACUCACCUUAUGAAAUACUCAAACGCUAGAGAACGAAAUGAACAAAUAUCAAACAAUUCCAGAACAGACUGAAUGUAAUCUCACAUCAUGCUCCAUAACAGAACGUUUGUAACCUCACGGCAGUAGAAGCGGUGGCGUAGCGCGUAGUAGAAAAUCAAGACUAAAUUGUCCUUCCUUUGUAGGCACACCUCAUCUGGCUUAGAGGAAAUCACCAGUGGGGUCAUGUAAUGAAACCAAAAGCGGCAAAGAAUUUACUAUUGUUCCCUACUCUAUUCAACCAAAUCAUAGUAGCCUUCCGUCCAAGUUGGACGGAAUUUUGGCUCCCUGCGCAUCAUUUUAAGGCCAUUAUUAUUCAUCGUUUAGGAAUUAGGUGUAA